GCUGUAAUCCCCGGAUGAAAGCAUCAUGGCUGCCACUCGCUGAGCUGUCAAGCUCUCCACAAAAGAAAAGUAACCUCAAAACUGAUGGAUUUGGUGGAUAUUUGCCCAGCUACCCCUGCUUCAAGUAAAAAGAGGUGUGCACGCAAGAGGAAUAGAGUUUGGCGCAAAAGGUUCCGCCGCAAGAAGCGCGCAGUUCACAUCCCAACUAUGCAACGUGAAGCUCAAAAUGGACCAAAGAAGAUACCAGAGAAAUGUGAGCAAAGCACAGAGCGGCCUUCGUCAAAGAAGCCCACCCUAGAGGCACCACAGAGUGAAUGCUGGACAAACAAUAGUAUAAAUGCACUCAGGUUUACGUGCACACAAUGCAAGAACAACCUGGAAUAUGUUCCCAAAGACUUAGUGAGGCACUUUGAGGAAAACCACAGAGGGAGCCCACCUGUUUUUUCUUGUCACAUGUGCCCUUUUAAUACACACAAGUUCUCCUACCUUCAGAUUCAUCUGCUAAGCCACAAGGACACCUUUUCUAGCUGCAGCAUUUGUAAUGACAACGUCAAACGCACAUGGUCUGAGCUGAGCACACACCUCACUAUGCGUCACUGCCAAAAUGGCAAAUAUUCAUGUGAACUGUGUCAGAGAUUCUCUACUUGUGAUGUGACUGCAUUUUUAGAACAUCUGUGCGUAAAGCAUUUUGGCCUUCAAAGAGUAAAUGAGAUUGAGCUACACAAGGACAAUAUUCAGUUAGGGUCCAUAACAGCUAAUCAAACUUUAUGUUGUCCACACUGCAGCUAUGAAGCAUCUCAGAAGUGGAUGCUUGCUAAGCACAUUAAUGCAAAUCAUCGCCAGAAUGGUAACCAGAGAAAGGAGGAGGUCCGCUCCAUAGCAAGAAAAUCAAGCGACCCCCAAAUGAAACCUAGGUUAACAAGGAGCGCCGUGAAGGACAUGUGCUGGUUAAGACAGGACUGCCUUGCUCUGCCAGGGAGAGACUUCCUGGAUAAAUACUGUCAUUUGUCUGACCCCCAAACUACCUUAGAGGAGACCCAGCAAUUUUUAAUGAAAUCUGUUGCUGGAGAAAAGGGUGAUGAGAAAUGGACCAAGGCUCUCAAAUCUGUUCUGUCUAAUGUCCCCCAAGACAUUAGCAUCCAUUCAAAAUCAGAGAAUGGCAUGUCAAAUUCGGCUGAUCUCACUGUCCUCACGGUCCAGAACAAGAUAACUGUGGCCCAGAAAGGUGAUCCCUAUGCAAAAAGACUGAAGAUGAUGGAGGAAACAGAAAAAGAAUGUCAUUUCCCGGAAAGCACCGCUGCCGAUGUUGGUCAAAAUGGAGGUCAAGUCAUUUUGAAUGAUGAUCCACAUGGCCUGCAGGUUGAAACAAAACAAAGUGAAGACACAUUCAUUUUGACCCACAAUGACCCACCUAAGUGCGUCCAGAUUCUGGAAAACCUAGAGAAUCAGGAAUUAAAGGCUGACUUGCAUAAGGGGGUGCAUAAAGAUAAACAACCCCAUUUGGAGGGAAUUGGUAUGUCCGAUGAGCUGAUGGUCAUAAAUGAAAGCCAAGAGGAGAAAUCCACUGUUAAAGAGAGACCAAAAAAUAAGAGAAGGACGCAAAGACGGAAAAGAAAGUCCAGAUCAAAGAAGGCGGUGAAGGGAACCUCAGGAUUAGCCUUAAAGAUUGUGUUGAAGAAGAAUCCUGUCAAAGAGAGACAGUGGGUGUCACAAAGCCCAUCAGACAUGAGUUCAAUGGAGGACCAGCACGCCAAACCAAAUUCUGACCUAACAGUACAGGACGCAACACAGGGGACUGAUCAGCAUGACCCCACUGAAGCCAUCACAUUAGCACAUGCACCAUCAGGCACUGGACUGCCUCCACUUUGUGCUGCUAAGGCUGCCGUGGUUGAGGAUUCCUUCUUGCCGCAUGUAGGAAAGUGGGAUGAUGCAAAGAAAUCGCUACACUUCUCGGAAACAGAUCUUGACGAGAGCAGGCCGUCAAAUUCAACGGGGAGUUCAGUUGAGGUGUUUCCUGACAGCAUGCAGCUCCCCCCCGCCGGUGGUGUCCCGGACUGCUGUGUGUCAGCCGAUGAUGGAGCCACUCGCAGCUGCUGCAGCAAGUCUCCCCCUCCUUCCCAACCUGCUAUUACACAACAGGGUAUGAUAAACUCCGGGGAUGUAAGGCUUGUGGCAUCUACAGAACAGAGUGACCAUGUUAGAGAAGUACCUCCAGAGUCCUGUCCCAAUCUCCUCAGCAAUGCAGACCCUCCAAUGGAGAAAGCCAUCCAACAGGAACCAUGGACAGCCUAUGUACGCAGCCGGCCUGUCCCAAAAAGCCUGGAAAGGACCCUGAAAUUGAUAGCCAUAAGCCCCUCUCAGCUGAUAAGGCGCCCAGUGAGAGACCAGCCUGUUGUAGUGCUCAAUCAUCCAGAUGCAGACAUCCCAGAGGUGGCCAAGAUCAUGGAGGUGGUCAACCGGUACAAAGGAGAGGUGCAGAAAGUCAUCCUGUCUCGUACAACUCUAAAUGCUCUCUCCGCCACGACCGCUGUAACAAAUGACCCUGCAAACACUCAGACCCGACCGCCCUGUCACGGGGAGAACUUAAUCCAGGAGAGGUUUAUUCUCAAACUGAGACUGCGGCGACUCGGCAGGAAGAAGUACGAGGUGCUCGAUCCAGUUUCUCCCAGCAGGGACGUCGCAAAAAAAUUCAGUUGCUGGUUUUGCGGCAGGGUCUUUGAAAAGCAAGAGGUGUGGAUGGUCCACCGGCAGCGACACCUGAUGGACUGGAGAAGACCAAACUGUGAAAAUGUUUAAAGGUCGCGCACACUGGAAAACAAACUAUGACUUUGCAAUACAACAGAACAACCAUGGAAGCAAUGACAAUCAGCGUCUUAAGUCUUAAAUAAACCUUCGUCUCACAUCCUGGACAUUCUCAGGGUAACAUUUGACCUUUUGUCUCGCCCAGUUUGAGUAGCUCCGUUUCUCUUAUGGAUGAAUUCAUUCGUGAAGUCACAAGAAUGUGAUAUUUCAUUUAGUCUUUUGUACCCUUUGUGUUUGUCUGUGCAAACACCCCACUUAUUUAAAUACACUGUCACCUUUUAGAAAACACUGUUAAUGUUUAUAAAUUGCCACACAAUCUGAGUUUAUGUACGGGUAGGCUAUACAGUAUGGUAUCUAAAAUAUUUAUGUUUUUGGAGUGGGAUGCUGAAACCCACGUUACUCAGAUAUACCAAAAUCGUGUAUUGUACAUUAAAAAAAACAACAAAAAAGACAAUAAGCUGUUUUAUUCAACAUUUAUUUAUGGCUCUUGUGUAUAGACUUUCUAUGCAUGUAUAUUCAUUUUUUGGGCCAAUGGAAUAUUGUAAAUAUUGUGUAAAUUCCAAAUCAUGUGCGAAGCUAGUAUUAUUGCUAUAUUUUCACGCGUUUAUUUAACAGGAGCAGAUAUUCCUUUAAAAUGCGCUACAUUUUUCUACCUAAAGUGGUGUUUUGUGAUGUCUGUGAAUGAUAAAAUGUAUUUUUGAAAUCUGGCCUAGAUUGGAGGUGGUGGUGUUUUUCAAAGAGUUUACUUUGGUUUGACUUGAAAUUGAUCAUCUAGUUUCUUACUUGCACUAUGAAAAGGAAUUUCUAUUUCCUUUACCUCACCGCAUCAGUCCCAAGAUGACGACAAUCUCAACUGGUGUCCUGUGGCGAAACAUUUCCUAAAGCAGCCAUGAGCUCUCAGUAUUGACAGCAGGAACUGUGGUGUGUGUGUUUGUCAUUUAAGGACCACCUCUGUCUGUAAAUCACUGUAAAUAUUAAUGCUCCUCCAAUUUAGACAAAUGAUUUCUAAUUGUACAUAGAACUGUAGCGGUACUGUAACAUAUAUCAGAUAUUUUCCAUAAAGUGCCUUCAAUUAUUAUUUUUUGUUAUGCAAACAAUCUGCAUGAGCAUCCUUUUUUGAUCACAGAAUAAAUGGAAUUGUGUGUUUCUGGUAACAUGAUUAAAGAUCUGGACUUAAAAGAUGACAUUUGUUUCACUUGAAAGAAAAAUACACCUUCCUAAAGUUGCUGUGUGAAAUCUUUCAAAUGCGUUGUCCCUUUCGUUAAAUCAAUACUGAGCGAGCACUGCAAAGCAUCUCAAUACAACAUGUUCAAAAAGUACCGGUACCACAUGGCCAGACUGCAGAUGCAGCCUUUGAACAUUAAAGACAAGGCGAGGACACAUCAGAGGUGUGCGAGGCAAAAACCAAACAUUUGCUUGUUGUCCACUACUGAGGUUCAUCUAAGGCUUGGUAGGAAAACACAGCCUGGCAGCAUCUUUGAUGUUACUCUUGCUGUCAAUCAACACCAGAGCAGUCGUCUGGUGGGUCUUGAUGAUGUGAGAGACACUGUGGAAAUACUAAAAGGGAAUAAUAAGUUAGUUUGAGCAAAAUGCCACACAGCAAGGGCAUACUGUAUGUCAGAGCUAAGGGGUGUACAAAUGGUG